AUGGCAAGGCCUCUCUGGGGACCAGGAUCCGUGGGUGGUAAAGACUGGAUAAGCGUGGAGGAUGCCGAUCAGACCACUCUGGGUGGUGAUCAAGGAGAGGGACUACCAGAAAUUGGCAGUUUCGUGCUCUAUAAAAUAGAGCCGCCGCUAAAGGAAAAAGAGGACUUCGACACUUGGUUAGACACGGUCACUAAGAUCCUUCAGGGUCAUAACCUCCACCGGUUGAUUAACAAAGAGGUUGAAAAGCCAGACAGAGACUCCGAAAAUGCAGAGAAGUGGAUGAAAAUCAGUAUGCAAGUGAGAGCAUGGCUCCGCGCUGGAUUAGAUCCCGAGAUUGCAAAGGAUAUCACGUCAACUGGCGAAAGAACCACCUGGGCAGAUGACUUUAUGCAAGUUUGUAAGAAGCAGCUACGGGGUGAAGGACACGGAGCGUUAAGCGCAGCAAUAAUACGCUUCGCGAUGAAGACACGAUUCGUCACAGCAAAUGACCUCAAAGCAUCGUUCUGUGCCUAUCACGCCAUUAUGCUUAUGGUAGCGUAA